AUGCAUUUUCUUCUUUCUGCUCUCGCCUUCGUGGCCUCCGCGACUUCUCAGACUGCACCGCUGUGUCGUCCCAUCUGUGAUGUCCCUUCUCAGUAUGCUUACUCUAACGGCACAGCCGAUGAUGCACCAGCGAUCAACUUUGCCCUUUCGCUGUGUGCAAGAGGCGGCGUCGUUCGCUUCGCAGAAGGCGUGGACUACAGCGUCCUCACUCCCGUCAGCGCCACCAAUCUUACCAACGUCACGAUCGAAAUGAAGGGCAACUUGCACCUACCUCAGAACAUCACAUACAUGCAGACCAUCUUCAACCAGAGUGGCUUGAGCAAUCUUUACUGGUUCACAUUCUCUGGCCCAGGCAUCCAAUAUGUUGGCUCUUCAAAUGUAUCCGCUGGUUGGAUCUACUCGUACGGUCAAGCGUGGUGGGACGCCAAUAUCUACCCUGGAACGGGCUUGAGUGGUCGGCCGCACUUGAUGUCCUUCACCACGACCAACGGCAGCAUGCAGUACUACAAGUCCCGCAAGCCCAUCGCUUGGAAUGUGCAGCUCAGUGGCACCAAUAUCACCGUCAGCGACACCUUCAUCGAUGCCUUUAGCACCACGGGCAGCUUUCCCUUCAAUACGGACGGCUUCGAUGUCACUGGGAAGGACAUCACCAUCACCAACAGCGUGAUCUACAACGGAGACGAUGCGAUUGCGGUGCAGAGUGGAAGCUCCAACAUCCUCUUCGAGCACGGCACCAUCGGCUAUCAGUCCCACGGCAUGUCCAUCGGCUCACUCGGACAGAACCAAGCUCAGUAUGCGACAGUCUCGAACGUGACGUUCAACGAUGUUACGGUAAUCAACGCGGUCUACGCAUCCCGCUUCAAGUCGUGGGAGGGCGGCCAGGGUCUAGCGAAGAACAUCACUUGGAGCAACAUCCGUGCCUAUAACGUUACAUUCCCGAUUUUCGUAACGCAGACAUACAUCAAUCAAGGCAGCAGUCAGACGCAAAUCGGUAAUGGAGCGACGAGCGGCCGGCCGAACAAUGCCACGGUGAACAUGCAGGACUUCAGGUGGGUGAACUUUACUGGGACGAUCAACACGUUCCGGCCUGGAGAUGGGAGCUGUGUGACCGAUCCCUGCUGGUAUAAUGUCGGAUUGCCGAAUCUGACCCACACCGAGGCGAUUAUUGUUGAGUGUAACACCAACACUUCAUGCGUAAACUUUGAGAUGACGGGCAUUGAGAUCAUACCGCAGAGUCUGGACGCACCAACUGUGAUAUGCUUGAAUGCUACAGCAGCGCUGAAUUCAGACUUGGGCUUCGAUUGCUCUAAUGGGACAUUUGUACCCACAUAUGCACGCGCAUCCUUGAUUUACCAUUAA